GAAAAAACCCAGCAGUUGAGUUGUGAUACGUUUAUUUGUGUUUCAUUCAAACACUGACUGCAGAUCAGAGGGAUGCCGCCUAUAAAGGGAAUAUUUGGGAUGUGUUUGCUGCUUCUCUGUGGAGAAUAUGUAAGCUCUGCCAUGACUGUAGACAUCCCACAGAAAGUAUAUAAGGUCGCCCGGGGUGAUGAUGUAACAAUACCCUGCAAAUUCACACCUCCAGUGGGCGAAGAGAACAUCGUUGUGACAUGGUCUGCAGAUUCAGACCAGCCGGAUCAGCCUGAGAUGACCAUCACCACAUAUUUAUACACUAAAGGAACUCUAAAACUACCAACUGUAACCAAGGGAUAUAAAGGCAAGGCGACUCCGCAAUAUGAUAUCCAACAAGGACUAGCAAACCUACAGCUCAGAGGUGUCACCAGCACUGACACGAGGAUGUACGAGUGCAAAGUCCAGAAUACGGACAAUGAGGACGGCAGUCAGUCUGACACGGCGAGUCUUAUGGUUUUGGUGGCUCCAUCGACGCCCGACUGCAAGAUCGCUGGAGUGGCAGAAUACGGUCAGAACAUCAAUCUCACGUGUCUCUCUGAAGAGGGCACGCCAAAACCAACCUACAAAUGGCAGAGCCAUGAUGUCAACAACAUCCCUCGACCAAACCCACCCAAGACCACUGAACAGAACGGGAUUUUAUCACUCUACAACAUUUCUAAAGACACGUCUGGUUACUUCAUCUGCACGUCCACCAAUGAAAUCAGAUCAGCAAAGUGUAACAUCACCCUGGCCGUCAUGCUACCAUCCAUGAAUAUGGCCUCCACGUUUGGGAUACUAGGUGUGGUGGCUGCCGUCAUUGUCUUGGGAAUCAUCAUCUUUUUCUGCUGCUGUCGGAAAAAGAACAAACCUUAAGAAUACGAAAUGGGAACUCCUGAAUGUGGUGAAAGCACGGACAGACACCAAAGGGAUUUAGUUCAGCUGGAACCUGACGGAAUCAUUGCAGAAAAACAUUAAGCUCACGAGAAAAAUGGACAAAGAGACGUUUUUUUGCUUAACUAUUAAAUAUUAAAUUUUGGACCACAUAACAUACCAUACGACACACACUGUAAACGUUUCUGCUGUAGUUAUGCAGCUAGUUAGCUGUAACUUACUGUAGAUUUAUAUUUAUCAAAUUUAUUAACAGUUUGUUCAGAAAUAAAUGAAUAUUCAAAAUGAAGCAGUCUUUAUCUUACAGGAAAAACGAUAAAGCAUUAUGGGAACCAGAAACCACACAAACCUUUUUCUGUUUUUUUCCAAAUUUUGGUUCCCAGAAUGCUUUGUAUGAGGCUGUUUUUUUAUCGUUUAUUUUUGUAAGGAUGAGGACUUUGAACAAACGUUUGCCAGUAAAUUACAUAAAUGUAAAUCUACUGUAAGUUCCUGGCGAACUGCAGCAAUACUGUAAUUUUUACAGAAAUAUUUUACAGUGCAUGCACACACACACACCCAUACAAAAGCACACUUUACAAUGUGGUUGUAUUUGUUAACAUUA